AUGCACCCACAGUUAGAGGCCCAACGUUUUUAUUCCUGUGCUGAGUUUAUCGAUGCUUUAGAGAGGUGUCAUGAGAAGGAGUUCUACAAGAGGAUGUUUGGUGUGUGUAAUAAUGAGAAAGAGGCAUUGACCAAAUGUUUGAAGGAGACCAAACGUACAUUGACUAUAAAAUCUAUUGAAGAGUCCAAGGCAAAGAGAAAGGUCAUCGAAGACAAAUGGAAGAAAUCAAAGGAAGAAGAGUUUGGUGAAGAUGCAAUUCUAAAGAAGAUUAUGGAGAGACACAAUAUCUCGAUGGCUGACAUCGACAAGGAUUGA